CAGGCGGUCCGGGCACCAAGGGAGGUCCCUGCGGGGCGGGCGGGGACCGGCCGGCGCGCUGUGUGGCCGCGGCCAUGAAGCUGCAGCCGCCCGGCUAGGCCCCGGGCGGCUCUAGCCCAGGGCGGCCCACGGAGGGCUGGGCCUGGGCUCUGGCUCCAGUUCGCUGGCCGGUGGGCGACCGCUCACCAUGCCUGGCAAGCACCAGCACUUCCAGGAACCGGAGGUCGGCUGCUGCGGGAAGUACUUCCUGUUUGGCUUCAACAUUGUCUUCUGGGUGCUGGGAGCCCUGUUCCUGGCAAUUGGCCUCUGGGCCUGGGGUGAGAAGGGUGUUCUCUCCAACAUCUCAGCGCUGACGGAUCUGGGAGGCCUUGACCCUGUGUGGCUGUUUGUGGUAGUUGGAGGUGUCAUGUCAGUGCUGGGCUUUGCUGGCUGCAUCGGGGCCCUCCGGGAGAAUACCUUCCUGCUCAAGUUUUUUUCUGUGUUCCUUGGCCUCAUCUUCUUCCUGGAGCUGGCGACAGGGAUCCUGGCCUUUGUCUUCAAGGACUGGAUUCGAGACCAGCUCAAUCUGUUCAUCAACAACAACGUCAAGGCCUACCGUGAUGACAUUGACCUCCAGAACCUCAUUGACUUUGCUCAGGAAUAUUGGUCUUGUUGCGGAGCCCGAGGGCCCAACGACUGGAACCUCAAUAUCUACUUCAACUGCACUGACCUGAACCCCAGCCGGGAGCGCUGCGGGGUGCCCUUCUCCUGCUGCAUCAGGGACCCUGCGGAAGAUGUCCUCAAUACCCAGUGUGGCUAUGAUGUCCGGCUCAAACUGGAGCUGGAGCAGCAGGGCUUCAUCCACACCAAAGGCUGCGUGGGCCAGUUUGAAAGGUGGCUGCAGAACAACUUGAUCGUUGUGGCCGGGGUCUUUCUGGGCAUCGCCCUCCUCCAGAUCUUUGGCAUCUGUCUGGCCCAGAACCUCGUGAGUGACAUCAAGGCAGUGAAGGCCAACUGGUCCACAUCCACGACUUCUCUUGAAGAACGACCAUCUGGCUACACCAGCUCUUCAGUGGCAACAUUACCCAGGACACACGCUUCCCUGGUCACUGAGGGCCCACCUGGCCGGUCUGCUCACCUAAGUGCCCUGCCUGGUUCCCUGGAGGCUGGGAGUUGGCCUUCCCACCUCUAGGGUUGUUCCUGCACACACCAAGAGGCUGCUGUGGGCUGAGCUGGAGAGGCACAGGGACAUGAAGGGUGGGGAGGCUGUGCCCCACCCUGAAGAGGGUGCAGCCUGGAACAAGUCCAGCCCUUCUGGGGACUGAAGUGGGUGCCAGAGCACCCAGGAGAGUGGCUGAGGGGCAGGCCAGGGGUGCCUGGUUCAGCAGCUGUGGAUGGUUGACUCCUAGGAGUGAAGUUCAAAAUCUUCUGCGUGGCUACAGAGCUGCCCAGUGGCCACCAGAGGGCGCGCCAGGACAGCACUGAGUCUGCCUGCCUUCCCCUUUCAAGCUCACCCCGGUAGGGUGGGCGCCUGCUCUGCUAAUUAGCACUUGUGGGGUUAGGGAAAAUCAGAAACUUAUAAAGAGAAAAUUGGCCUAGGCUUGGGAAGUCUGGCUGUGCCCUCAGCUCUCUCUCAAUGGCUACACAAAGGAGUAUGUGUGGAGUGACCUGGCCUACCCUCCUUGGGCUUGGCUGUGCUUGUCCAGAGGUCUCCAGCUCGGGUGCCCCCAAGCACCAGUUACAUAAAUGAAGUUGGCCAUUAAGUUGUGAGGCCUACUUUACUUUGGCUCUCCAGCUGUUACCAGGGACAGAGGAAGACACUGCUUUGUGAUGAGAGAAAGAUUGGCAUGACCUAGUCGAUAAUGGCAACUUGCCUCAAGAGCAACAGAGUAUGGUGGGGACACAGCAUAGAUCCCCAUCUGAAGGUGGCAGCUGCCAUUCUUAGUUGUAGCUAAUUGCUGAGAUGUGGGAAUAUAGGUCUGAAGUCAGAAAUAUGGAGAAGCGAGAAGUACAGAUUUUUAUGUGAAAUAUUCUGGUUUUUAAGUUGUUGGCAACUAAUCUGUAAACCAAACAAAGUGUAAGGUCUGGCUUUGGCCCCUGUGCCACCAUAGGUCUCCCUGGCCUGGUAACCUGCUGGGAUCCUGGCUGCUCUGCCAUUCAGGGAUGCUGAGUACAGCUGCCAGUUAGGUGGGCCUGGGGCGUGUACCAGUGUCCCGGCUCCUCAGCACAGGUUGGGUAGUGUCCUGGGGCCAUGACAGGCAGUGGCUAUGGGUGGUUUAUACACAUGACAAUAAACUCUGC